AUGGCAGACAUGCUAGUGGAUGGAGCUGCUCAUAACCAGAUGCUAUCUUUCAUGGACGGCAAUGCAGGUUAUAACCAACCAGAUUAUAAUGGCAGAACAGGAUAUCCACAAGACAGCCUUUAUGUGUCCAGGACAUAUAGGCUAAGGCAGGAACAGACAUUCAAAUGGGAAGAACAGCACCAACAGGCUUUCCAGGAAAUAAAACGUUACCUCUCAAAUCCACCAGUUCUAUCCCCGCCGAAAAGAGGCAGACCACUCAAGCUUUAUGUGUCUGCAUCAGAAAAAUCCAUUGGAAGUCUGUUAGUUCAAGAUAACAAAGAAGGAAAGGAACAAGCAGUCUAUUAUCUAAGCAGAACAUUGACAGAAGUGGAGAGAAGGUAUUCCGCAAUAGAAAGGCUCUGCCUGGCCUUGUAUUUCACCGCUGUAAAACUCAGGCACUACAUGCUGCCACACACUAUCUACAUCAUUGCCAAGACAGACUUAAUCAAAUACAUGCUAACAAGACCAAUGCUAAGGGGCAGAAUUCGGAAAUGGACUUUGGCUUUGACAGAAUUCACCUUCAGGUAUGUCCCCCAGAAAGCUGUCAAAGGGCAAGCCGUGGCAGACUUCUUGGCAGAUCACCCGGGAGAGGAGAUUGAAAACAUGGAUUCUUUGGACAUAGCAAAUGCAGAUCUGCUAACUAGAGCUCAUGUUUGCCUUAACAAUCCAAUCUAUUCGAUUCAUCUCCCACCUUGGAAAUUAUAUUUUGAUGGAUCAAAGACAGAUAAAGCUUCAGGAGCAGGGAUUGUUCUGGAAGAACUAUUAGGGGUCAGACGUUGCUAUUCCUUCCAGUUAGAUUUCCAGUGCACCAACAACAGGGCCAAGUAUGAAGCUUUGAUUAUAGGGCUCGAGAUGUUGGUAGAAUUAGGAAUCCAAUCCGUGGAGAUCUUGGGAGAUUCCAUGCUUGUCCUAAAACAGAUUGCUGGAGAAUACAAGUGUCUAAAUCCUUCUCUGGCUGUAUAUCUAGUAGCAGCUAGAAAUCUGCUGACAGAAUUCAGAGAAGCUACUUGGGAGCACAUCCCAAGGGAGGAAAACUUUGCAGCCAAUGAACUGGCUCAGGUGGCAUCAGGCGUACAAAUGCCCGAAGACUGCGUCCAAAGGAUCAUUAAGAUAGGAAGGAAAAGUCUACCAUCUGUUUUGACUAGAGGAAUGGAGAUAGAAGUCAAUUCUGCCUUGAUCACUGAAGAUGAUUGGAGGGAGCCUAUCAUGACUUACUUACGAUAUCCCACUCUGCCCUCUAAGAAAAGAGUCAGGAUCAUGGCUACAAGCUACCUCAUGUGGAAUGAAGAUUUGGUCCGAAAAAGUAAGGAUGAGGUACUGUUAAGGUGCCUCGGGAAGACAGAAUACAUGAAAGUCAUGGGAGAAACCCAUGAGGGGAUCUGUGGAGCUCACCAAGGGGGAAGAAAGAUGUGCUGGUUAAUCAGAAGGUAUGGCUACUUCUGGCCAACCAUGAUGAAGGAUUGCAUCAACUAUUCCAAAGGAUGUGAGGCCUGUCAAAGGCACGGCCCAAUCCAACAGGCCCCUUCGGUUCCCAUGAAUCCAGUAGUAAAACCAUGGCCUUUCAGGGGAUGGGCAAUGGAUCUCAUUGGCAAAAUCUAUCUAGCCAGCAACCAGCAGCACUGUUUCAUUAUCGUUGCCACAGAUUAUUUCACAAAUGGGUAG